AUGUCGAGCGCCCGACAUUUGGUCUCCGCAGCUCUCCGUGGAGGAAGAGCAUUAGCGUCCCGUUCCCAGCGAAACCACUUCAAUCAAUCUCAUGUCCUGCCCCCCGUCACUCGCUUCUACGCCAGCCUUAAUGCGAAGAAGACCGAAGAAGAACACCCCCAAAAUGCGGAACAAGAAGGGGCCACUCCUAAUCCCAACCACGCCGCUGCCCCUCCAGUAGAAGCCCGCCAGGAUCCAAAAAGGGCCGAAGAGAGUACCGAAGACGAAAAACCUGGCGCCAUUGGCGGCUUUAUGCGUGGUCUUAUGGGCGGUCAGCAGGUAGCCGUGCAGGACGCUUUUAUCGCAGAGGCAAAGGAGCAAGGCGUGGAGUUGCCACCGCCGCCGCCACCCCGGCGAACGGAUCUCGUCCCUGUUAAAAGAAGAAAGCGAAGGGAGGACGAUGCUGACUCGGAGCAGACCAUCCGUGACCGGUUAUUUGGCCGCUUUGCUGGUUCCGCGUUCAUGCAGGGCGCUGUUAAUGCCAAGGAGCGCAUCGCGGAGCACAUCGAUGAAUCGGAUAAUCCCGUGAUUAAUAUGUUCAGGAACUUCUACGAUCGCUUCUUCGCGGAGAAUGAGAUGGCGAUGGUCGUGCGUGAGAUCCGCGAGGAAGAUUCGCAAUUCAGGAUUUCCGAGUUUUUGCGCCAGGUCGAGAUGGAACUCGUGCCGAAGAUUCUCGGUGCGUACUUGUCUGGCGAUCGCCCGACCCUAGAGAAAGGGUGCACGGAAGGAGCUUAUGCGAUGUUGAAUGCUUCCAUCCGGGAACGGGAUACCGAGGGCGUGGUUAUGGAUACUAAUAUUUUGGAUGUGAGCGAUGUCGAGCUCACUGCAGGUAGAGUCUUAGAGGAUUCUCCAGUUUUGAUCGUCACAUUUAACACACAGCAAAUCAACUGUUUACGUGAUAGGGGAGGGAAUAUAGUGGAAGGGAGCGAGGAUGAUAUUCGUGCGGUGUACUACGCCUGGGCGUUUGUCAGGGAAGCCGAGUAUGAAGAGGCGACACCGAGUGGGGGCGGGAUGCAUGCAGGCGCGGAGACAGAUGGGGCAAGUGAGGGGGCGAAGAACAGUGAAGGGACAGACGAGGAAAGCAACAAGGAAAAGGAAGGAGGCGCUGAACAGACGGAAGAUGGUGAAAACAUGCGACCUUGGAAACUCAUGGAGAUGGUCAUUCGAGGGGUUCAUAGCACGAUUUAG